AGCAUUUCCUGUGUUUAUUUGAAUAGUAAAACAAAAAUGGCGCAAAAUGAUGAAGAUCUCUUACACAAAUGUGUUUUUUCAAAUGACAUAAAAAGUCUAAAAGAGUCUGUAAAAUCUUUUGCUGUUGAAAAAAAAGAUAAACAUGGAAACACAGCUUUACAUCUUGCUGCUAUGUUGGGUCAUAGCGACUGCAUCGAUAUACUAUUGGCUAAUAAUGCCCAAGUAAAAGUAAAAAACUUACAGGGCUGGACUCCACUGGCCGAGGCUUUCUAUAGAUUAGAUACAACUUUGGUUGAUUUUAAUGAUAUGAAAUGGGAAAGAGGAGAUAUCUCUUUUGUUUUCAAUGGAAAUAUUAAAGGCAGCAAAAAUUUUACCAUAUUAGAUAAUAAAUUAAAAGUGUAUCAAAAAUUUAAACAUGAGGAAACUGAAGAUGAAACUCAGGACGAUAUUGAUAUUUUAAUGUCUAGCGACAUAAUUUCGGCUCAAAUACCCACGAAAAAUAUCACGUUUUCUCGGCUUCAAAGUGGCUGGUUUGUAAAGCAAGGAAGAACACAAUUAGUUGGACAAUUUCCUGCAGAUUUUUAUUCCGUUCAAGGGUUGACAUUGGAGCAAAAAAAGAGACGCGAACAUCUCUCUCCUGAAGACUUGCAGAAAAAUAAGGCGAUUUUGGAAAGUUUGAGUAAAGGAAACGUUAUCGAAAAUCACGAGAUACAACGAAGGCCCUCCCUACCAACUCCAAAGAAGGCAAAUAUAAGUUGGGAGGACUAUAUUAGAGAUGGAAACCCACCUUGUUUAGGUAGACCUAUUAUUUGUAAAGACACAAAGAAAACAUUCAAGGCCACUCUGGCAAUGAGUGAAGAAUUUCCAAUGACCGUUGAACAAGUUCUCGACGUAUUAGAAAUUGUUGCACCUUUAAAACAGUAUAAGAAACUGAGAGAAUUUAUGGAUACCAAAUUGCCUCCAGGUUUUCCUGUAAAGAUUGAAAUUCCAGUCUUUCCGACGGUGACUGCCAAAGUAACAUUCCAACAAUUUAAAUGGGACGAUUCACUCGCAGAAGAUCUCUUUAUUAUACCCAACGAAUAUAGGGAAGAUCCAAACAGAUUUCCUGAACUAUAA